AUGUAUUCACCGUCAAGGUCUAACUUUGACUAUGCCAUGGUGGUUAUUUUUGUAAUUUCUGUGUUCACUGUGGCAUUAGGAGGAUACUGGAGUGGACUACUUGAAUUGGAAAGCAGGAAGGCAAUGGCAGACACUGAAGACAGAGAAACGAGAAAGAAGGACGAAUAUUUAACUUUCAGUCCUCUAACAGUUGUAAUAUUUGUGGCCAUCUGCUGUGUUAUGAUGGUCUUAUUUUAUUUCUUCUACAAAUGGUUGGUUUAUGUUAUGAUAACAAUUUUCUGCAUAGCAUCAGCAAUGAGUCUAUACAACUGUCUUGCUGCACUAAUUCAUAGGAUUGCAUAUGGACAAUGCACAAUUGUGUGUCGUGGCAAAAGCAUUGCAGUGAGACUUAUUUUUUUCUCUGGACUGUGCAUAGCAAUAGCUGCUGUUUGGGCUGUGUUUAGAAAUGAAGAUAGGUGGGCUUAG